UGGACGUCAGGGCCGAGCCCCUCACCCUCCCUCCGCCCGCGGGAUUCGCCGCCCUGCGCCUUCCCGCUCGCCCGGCCCGGCGUCCGACAGCAGCACCCGCCGUCCCGGCCCAGCCCGCCGCCCGUCCGCUCCCCGCUCAGACAGCCGCACAGCGCGAAGAUGGCGGCGUUCAAAUUCCUCCUGCAGCCGCUCGGCCGCCGCAUCCUCCUUCCCGCCGCGCGGACGCGGGCCGCCGGAGCUGAGAUUUCUGGAUGCUUUUUUUCUACCAGCUGUCAUCACAACACCAAAUUUUAUACUGAUCCUGUUGAAGCUGUAAAAGAUAUACCCAAUGGAGCAACUAUACUUGUUGGUGGUUUUGGAUUGUGUGGGAUUCCUGAAAACCUCAUUGGGGGUUUGCUGAAGACUGGAGUAAAGGAAUUAACAGCAGUCAGUAACAAUGCAGGUGUUGACAAUUUUGGACUUGGUCUUCUGCUUCAUACUAAGCAGAUAAAACGCAUGGUGUCAUCGUAUGUUGGAGAGAAUGCUGAAUUUGAACGCCAGUUUUUAUCUGGUGAGCUUGAAGUUGAGCUUAUACCUCAGGGUACACUCGCUGAACGUAUUAGAGCUGGAGGAGCAGGAAUCCCAGCAUUUUACACCAGUACCGGCUAUGGGACACUGGUGCAGGAAGGAGGUGCUCCUAUUAAGUACAACAAAGAUGGCACCAUUGCCAUUGCCAGCCAACCGAGAGAGGUACGAGAGUUUGCUGGCCGUCACUUUAUUCUGGAGCAGUCGAUUACAGGGGAUUUUGCUCUUGUGAAGGCAUGGAAGGCUGAUCGUGCAGGAAACAUUAUUUUCAGGAAAACUGCAAGAAAUUUCAACCUACCUAUGUGCAAAGCUGCCAAGACAACUGUGGUAGAGGUGGAAGAAAUUGUUGAUAUAGGAGCAUUUGCCCCAGAAGACAUUCAUGUUCCCAAAAUCUAUGUUGAUCGUCUGAUAAAGGGAGAGAAGUUCGAGAAGAGAAUUGAACGCUUAUCAGUCCGAAAGCCUGAAGACUCAAAAGCCAAACAAAAACAGGGAGACAAUGUGAGGGAGAGGAUCAUCAGACGGGCUGCUUUAGAGUUUGAGGAUGGCAUGUAUGCUAAUCUGGGUAUUGGAAUUCCACUGUUGGCCAGUAACUUCAUCAGUCCAGACAUUACUGUUCACUUACAGAGUGAAAAUGGAGUCCUAGGUUUGGGUCCUUAUCCACUUGAAAGUGAAGUAGAUCCAGACUUGAUUAACGCAGGUAAGGAGACAGUCACUGUUCUUCCAGGUUCUUCCUUCUUCUCUAGCGAUGAAUCAUUUGCAAUGAUAAGAGGAGGCCAUGUUGAUUUGACAAUGCUUGGAGCUAUGCAGGUGUCUAAGUACGGUGACCUGGCCAACUGGAUGAUUCCUGGCAAGAUGGUGAAAGGAAUGGGGGGUGCCAUGGACCUGGUGUCCAGUGCGCAGACCAAAGUGGUUGUCACCAUGGAGCACUCAGCCAAGGGCAACGCACAUAAAAUCUUGGAAAAGUGCAAUUUACCACUUACUGGGAAACAAUGUGUAAACCGCAUAAUUACAGAAAAGGCUGUGUUUGAUGUGGACAAGAAGAAAGGGUUGACCCUAGUGGAAAUCUGGGAAGGACUGACGGUGGAUGAUAUCAAGAAAUGCACUGGCUGUGACUUCACAGUUUCGCCAAAACUGACACAAAUGAGGCAGAUUUAAAUGUGAAAUACAGACUCAGCUUAACGCCAGAAGGCUCCUUUCCAAGUGGAAGCUCAGUGAAGAGAAAUCAAUGACUGUUUUGCAAUUUUACUUCUCUCUCUCUCUCUCUCUCUUUUUUUUAAUUUUUUUUUAAGGGCUUUGUGAGUUGUUUCCAGAUAGUUAAACUCAGGCUGUGACUAUCAGCCUAAAUUGUAUUUUGCUUUCAUAACAUUACCAAUUUUAAUGGAAAGCUGAAUUUAUUCCCUAAGUUUUGCAUAACAUUAUACUAAAAUGUUAAUGAACGUUGUCAAAAAAAUGCCUUGUAGUCUCUCUGCCAAAUACUACAUAUUUUACACAGAUUCAGAAGAUGACCAUGCAAAAUGUAUGAUGGCCUCUGCUUUUCCUGAUGUCAUUAACCUUACAAAUCACUCCAUUGCUCUGGAACAACAGAACUUAGCAUGUCCAUUCUCCUGUAAAGGUGAGGGCUUUCUUUUAUGAAUGGUCUAUAGCAAAUGUAUGCAGCUUUAGAGAGACAUUAGGAAUAUAGACUUCCCUGUUCCUGAACCUUUUAAUGACUCUGUGACAAAACUGUUCAUACCAGUGGAAAUAACUGGGCCCUUAGCCCUGAAUGUACCUGUUUCCACAAUGUAUGUCUGUUGGCCAUGAGAAGCCUACAUCUCCCAAAGUCCAAAUCUGACCACUUCUAAUUGAAUCAUACAAACUAGGAUGGGGCUAGUAUGAAGGGGGAAUGUUAAGAAGUCUCUGUUCCCCGUGCAGAAAACUGAUAGCUGCACAGCUGCCCGCAUGAACCACUCUUAUUCUCCAGAUAUAAUCCUGCUCUCCAGCCCGCAUUCAAAGGCAAAUAAAGAUUGUUUCUGGAGUAAGGUCUGUCCUUCCAGCAUUACAUAGAGAAGCAUGGGAAUAGAAUGUUGUGGGCACUUGGAAGAUUCUUCUGGAGGGGAUACAGUUAUUUAGGGUAAAAACUGUAAGUUUGCACCACUUGCUGAUCAAGGCAUUGGCAAAAAGUAACGAGUUUGGAACCCAAACUCGUUAUAACCAGAAUGAACACCACAAAAGAAUCAAAAUGAAAAGUAAUUCUCUCAUACUGAUUCUAUUUGAUAAAGAUCUUCCUUUCCCAGAUAUUAAUUACAAAUUGACUGUUAUUUUUGCAAACAGGUAAUAUGCAGCAUUGGAUCUCACAUCUCAAAUCAUCACAUCUUUAUUAUACAAAGCAUGAAUUGACUGGAAAUCCACAUUAAAAUAGAGUGUUCUCUCCAAGUGUAGUGUUUUCUGUCAUUCAUAUAAAUAGGAACCUGUAAAACACUUAAAAUAAUUCCUGGCAUAAUAUUUGACAUGAGGACUAGAGUAGAUUAAGUGACUGAAAAAUAUGUAAAAUGUAGAUGCACAAAUAAAUAUGUAUAUGCCUAUCAUACACAUGAUAAGCAGUGUGGGGAUAUGGUAUAGAAGGGCGUUCCAAUACUAAAUGGAUGAGGUAUUCACCAUAGUCAGUCAUGUGUUGUGGAAGGAUCGUAGCACAUUUCUGGGGAACCAGACAGGAAAAUCCUGAAAUAUUUCAUUCCUGUACUAGUCUUUGCAUUGCAUUUUUCCUUUCUAAAAAAAAAAAAAAAUGCUUCUCAUUCAUGGGACAGUUUUAAAAGUUGUCUUGAUCCACACAUGGGUUUUGGGUUUUAUAGCAGUAAAACUGCUUUGAUUAGAGAGAUUAUUUUAUUUUAGUUGCACUUGCUCUAAAUAAUUAUUUGAUAAUCUCUUGUCAAUACCAGAAUAAAUUAGCCUUUAUUCCCACAAAGGAAUACACAAAAUGCCUUUGUAAGCACCUUUCGGCUGGUACAAAAGCACUCCCAUAAUACUAAACUGUAUGGGUGCUAAUGGGUGGUAGACCACUGCACAACUGAUAUGUGUAGGCAAGACCUGAUGCUGAGCCCAAGUACAAAGACUAAUGCUAAUUUAGUGAUUAAACAUACACAAGGGAUUUAGUUGACAGGUAAUUUGCAUGCAAGAUAUGAAACUGCAUUGAUCGAAGGGCUCCAAAAGAUCUUAACCCAGGAUUGGCACAAGGUAGUUUUUACCUAGCUUAAUUUUCACCUGUUUUCUCUGUUUAGGUGUAUUCCCUAUGUUAUUCAGUCAUUCCAAACAAGUAACUUUUUUAGAUAAGUUUGUCAAUUUUUAUUGCUGUGCAGGUGGACUGAAGUUCUGCUCACAGAGGUUUUGCAGAUUAAAAGGCUCUGUAUAAUAAAAAAGUGACUCCAUUUUAGCUCAGUAUGAAACAGGUUUGGUUUUGGAUAGAGGCAUCUUUCCCAAUCCAUAAAGACACUUUGGUGGCAAUUCUGACCCUUUUUCUGCUUAUACAUAGCAAAAGUUGCCUGUCUUUGCCUUCAGGACCAAGGAUGGGUGAAGAGCUUCUCUAAGGGGAUGGUGUGAUCCCUGAAGGCAUCUUGUUCAUCAUCACUCAAAGCUCUCAUACAGAGUACCCAGAAUGGACUCUGUUUUUAAGGAGAACUCUAAAAGCUAUUGUACAGGGGUAGAGAGUUACUGUUGAAUCAUCCAGAGGAAAAAAAAAAAAUAAAUAGAUGGAGAAAUCUUAAAGAAAUCUAUAAAUGAAAUGUUGAUCUGUUGCAAUUACCCAUGCUACAUUAGUAGUAGGAUUGAUUAGUUAAUUACGGGGAACAUUUAUUGACAUGUAUAAAGUAGUCUGAGGGCAGCAUCAGGUGUGUGUUGCUUCUGCCAUAGAACUAUGCUUUGCUGACAUACGCACAGAACCAAUUGUUGUCAUUAAUAGAUGGCUGUAAAAAGACUAAUGACCUGGUAACAUCUGAAAUAACAUUCAGCACCUUGGUUUCUGAAGUGAAGAAUUAGGAGCCAAGAACUCCUGAGUUUCGCAUCUUCAGUCCUCCAUUUACUGCCUUGAAAACUGUCAUCUGUGCUCUCUGCCUUUUUUCCUGUUCCUGGAAAAGGAAAAGUUGUGAGGAAUAACCAGCCAAGCUCUCUGCAAUGGGUUAUUUUUUCUCUUUAGCUUGGAGAUCACAAGUGAUCAAGAGUGUGGAAGCAUACUUGAGGACUGUCAGACGUGCUGGAUAUUUGAGUUCUGUGUCUUCACUUAUUUGUAUCAGUGUUAAUGUAAGAGAGCAGAAGUCAAUAUGGUGCUGAAAACUGGGGAUAAAGGAGAACAGGCUCUCUCCGCAUACAACAGCAGUGCAAAUACCUGUGUGUCACACUUGAAUUUUUUUUAUCUUGGGGAUAAUAUAUUGUGGUAGAAUGUUGGUAUUGUUAUGAAAACGCUGUGUAUCCGCACAAGCUAAUUGCAGCAAGCUGUGACUCCACUUUUUUAAUUCAUUUGUAAAGUAGGAUUAGAAGUUAAAGCGCUCCAACAUAUUUCCCUCUUUGUGGAUGCAAGUGUGGUUCAUAGGUAAGAUACACUCUGAGCAGUAGUUGUGGUGAUCAGUGUUACAGGGAUGAGAGCUUCUCAUUCCUCUUCCAUGGUUGAUGGUUUAUUGGGACAUCACUGAGAUCAGUGCUCGACAGCACUUCACAAGAAAAGGACAGUUGAUAAUCUUUGUCCUGAAGAAGAUGAUGAUUCUACUGUAUUAUCACAUUGGACUUAUUUCACUUUAAAUUUCAUUGAAUUUUAUCCCUGAAAAAGCAAAAUAAUGAAAUGUUAUAGAAAAUGUAUUUGUACUGUAAGCUUUGCAAACUAAACUUCAAAGUCUUUCUGUGUAUUUGCAGAACAAUCAAUAAAAUCAAGAUCAAAAAUCCUAA